AGCCAACAUCUCACAAUUUUUUUUUCCCUCCUCAGAAGUUAGUUAAAAACCGAAACCAAAACCGAAACUGAAAGAGGAUGGUGGUGUUUUGUUUUCUGGUGGAUCAGAAGAGGCAAGUGCAGGGGAGCAAGCCGGCGGCGGGAAUAUGCUCGCGGUGCGGCGGAGGAGCGAGCGUGGCGGACAUGAAGACCGCUACAAGAUUCUGCUACGUCCCGUUUUAUUGGAAAUCUUGGAAAGCAAUCAUAUGUACUUUCUGUGGAGCUAUUCUUCGAUCUUACCGAUAGAUUGUUGGCUAUUUUUCAUGUUUCUUCUAGCAAAAAGGGUUGGUUUUCGGUGGAUGCUUUAGAUAAAAUGACGCCUUAUGAAGAAAAUUGAUGAUGCAAGUUGUGGAUGGAAUCAAAUGGAUAUGAAGAAAAUUGAUUCUACAUUUUCACUACAGUUGAUUUUAAAUGCAAAUUGGAUCACUGUCCUAUGAGAAGUUUAGUAUUAAAUUGUCGUGCUCUUAUGCACUAAAGUUAGCCUUGUGAAAUUUGACAUAUUUAUCAUGAAAGGAAUUUUCUCACGAAAGGAAUUUUCUCACUAAGAUUUGGCUCAUUUGGGUUAUCAUACAAUUUGAGUUCAAUCUUUUGCAGCAAGCUCCUCUUUGUUGCUGGUUGUUAGUUGCAGAUAUAGCUAAGGUCUCGUGAUUUUGUGAUGUUCUUAUGUAUGUAAUCUUUCAUUUUCUUUCGGAUUUAUGCUUUGUUGCCAAUAAAAAGAAAGAAAAUUGCUUCGGUGGA